AUAGCAAACACAAGAGUCGUUGAUUGAGAUUUAAAGUAGAGCGAGAUUAGAAGCAAGCGGCGGCGGACGAUGAUGAUGAUGAUGGGAAUAGAUGUAAAUCAUCAAACAGUAAAAGGCAACGGAAUAUCGAUGCACGUAGCUGAGAAAGGAUCUGGACCGUUGGUGCUACUCCUCCACGGCUUCCCGGAGACGUGGUUCUCUUGGCACCGUCAGAUCGACUUCCUCGCCGCUCACGGCUUCCACGCCGUCGCUCCCGAUCUGCGAGGCUUCGGCGACUCCGACGCCCCUCUCUCUCCUUCCUCCUACACUUGGUUCCACAUCACCGCCGAUCUCAUCUCCCUCCUCGACCACUUCUCCUCUCAACAGGCGUACGUCGUGGGGACGGACUGGGGAGCCGUCGCCGCCUGGCAUCUGGCCUUGCUCCGCCCCGAUCGAGUCAGAGGAAUCGUCGCUCUCUCCGUUCCCUUCGCUCCGCGCUUUACUGAUGUCAAACCGCUUGAAUCGAUGAGGCAGAUGUUUGGAGAUGAAUUCUACAUCUGCCAGUUCCAGGAAGCGGGGAGAGCGGAGAGGGCGCUGUCGAGGUACGAUUGCGCGACGGUGAUGAAGAAAUUCCUGCUAAUCAACAAGGCGGAGAUGCUAAUUGCGCCUCCUGGAAUGGAAAUCGUCGAUUACCUAGAGACGCCGGCGGUGACGCCGCCGUGGAUCACGGAGGAGGAGAUUCAGGUGUUUGCCGAUAAAUUCCAAGAGUCCGGGUUCACUGGCGGAUUCAACUAUUAUCGAGCCCUAGACUUGAAUUGGGAGGUGCUGGCGGCGUGGCAAGGGGCGAAGAUCGGAGUUCCAGCGAAGCUGAUUGUGGGGGACAAGGAUAUGGGAUUUAAAAGCGGUGGUACAAAGGAGUAUAUACAGAGCUCCACCUUCAAAACUAUAGUUCCAGAUCAUGAGAUCGUCAUACUUGAUGGCCAUCACUUCAUUCACUUAGAGAGGGCCCACCAAGUUUCCCAAGAGAUUUUGUCCUUCAUUCUUAAACACUCUUGAUUCAUUCUUCUCAAUGUAUGAUAAUCCCAUUCCAAAUAAUGCGACUUCACAUAUGGGAUUCACUUCAUCUAAUUCCGCCUACACUAAUGAUACUUUUGGAAAUGGGACUUCGGUUUGUGGGUCACAUUUUCUGGUAUAACUUUGGAUCUUUUUGCUUGGAGUUUAGUGUGAAGUGUAGAUGGAUGUUGUAUAUUCUUAGGUGCUAUAAAUGCAUCAAGAAUUCUUCAGGUUUGUAAUCAAAUGAGGGGUGAUUGCUGUUUGAAUGAUGUUUUUUUUGUUGAAUUUUAGGAUUGCAUGAAUUC